AUGACGACUCAGAAGCGUCGAAACAACGGACGCAGCAAGAAGGGGCGAGGCCAUGUUAGGCCCGUCCGCUGCACCAACUGUGCCCGCUGUGUGCCUAAGGACAAGGCCAUCAAGAAGUUUGUUAUCAGGAACAUCGUUGAGGCUGCAGCUAUCCGUGACAUCCAGGAUGCUAGCGUCUAUGAAGUGUAUGCUCUGCCCAAGCUGUAUGCUAAGCUUCACUACUGCGUGAGCUGUGCCAUCCAUUCCAAAGUUGUCCGUAAUCGUUCCAGGGAAGCACGUCGUGACAGGACACCACCCCCAAGAUUCCGACCAGUAAUGGCCUCUGGUCAGAACAGGCAAGGAGGAGGUGGCGGCGGUACUGGCGGCGGCGGUGGAGGCGGCGGCGGCGGAGGAGCAGGUGGUGGUGGUGGUGGUGGAGGCGGAGCUGGACGCUCUUAGACCAAACACUUUCCUGAAUCACACCGAGGAACUCACACCAUAUCCCAACAAACAAUGUCAUUUGGAUAGCAAAGUUAUCACAAAGGACUUUGUAUUUGCGUAUUGUUCAUACUUAUGUGUUUGUGAGGAUGAUGAUUGGUGAAAUAAAACAUCACACCAGCAACAACAAAAA